CCGCAAAUUGGUCAUAAAUUUUGAUAAAAACUAACGACCUAUCGGCUAUCACUCCUUAAAUUCAUUGGCAUUUUCUCCGGAAUCAUCGCUUGACUCUUUCUCUCUAGCCUGUGUAAGGGGUGCUCUGAGAUCACAAUAAUCAUGGUGAAGGCCGUCACAGUCCUCAACAGCAGCGAGGGUGUCACUGGCACCGUCUACUUCACCCAAGAAGGAGAUGGUCCAACUACUGUUACUGGAAACCUUUCUGGCCUUAAGCCUGGACUUCAUGGCUUUCAUGUCCACGCCCUUGGUGACACCACCAAUGGCUGUAUGUCAACUGGACCUCAUUUCAAUCCUGUUGGGAAAGAGCAUGGUGCACCUGGAGAUGAGAACCGUCAUGCUGGUGAUCUUGGUAAUAUCACAGUUGGCGAAGAUGGCACCGCUGCUAUCAACAUUGUUGACAAGCAGAUACCUCUUACAGGACCACAUUCCAUAAUUGGAAGAGCAGUAGUUGUCCAUUCAGAUCCUGAUGAUCUUGGAAGGGGUGGUCAUGAACUGAGCAAGAGCACUGGAAAUGCUGGUGGAAGAGUUGCUUGUGGUAUCAUUGGCCUUCAGGGUUGAUCACCCCCUGUGGUGCACUCUCCUUUUAGUCGCAAUUUAUCCUGCACUGUGUACAAACUCGGUCAUCAGUAGCUACUUGAAUAGCUCUUAAUAAAGUAUCGUCGGUUUGAUCGAGUUUUUGAAGUUCUAUGUAAGUUUGAAUUUGUCGUGCUAUUUUGUGAUUGAGUACCAAAUAUCCUAUCAAUGCUAUGCCAGUAAAUAAAAUCGAAGUGUGCUUGAAUUAAAAUGGUCUAUUCAUUCAACAUUUUACUUGGCAUUCUCUGUUCAUUGUU